UCUUCUGAUGAUUCAAGUUACAGAUCAUAUGAAUGUGGCCGAACACUUCUUAACGACAAGUUUAUGUUUUUAGACAUUAUUCAAAAAGGUUCCUUUGGUAAGGUAACUUUAGCUCUCGAUGUCAACACAAAUUGCAAAGUGGCUAUCAAAGCGAUGUGUAAACGCCCGGUUUCACAGUCCGUGGCUAGACAUGAAAUUCGGAUUUUGCAAAAACUUGGUCUAGAUAACCCACACAUAUGUCACUUGCUUGAAAGCUUCGAAACAGAAGAACACAUAGUUUUGGUGUUGGAGUACUGUGCUCGGGGAGAUUUAUAUGAGCUCAUUCACUCCGAUUCGAUUCUUGAGGCAGCAGAUAUCUGGAAGAUCGCAAGAGAAAUGUACUCGGGAAUCAAGCAUGCACAUUCACUUGGAAUUUUUCAUCGAGACUUGAAACCUGAAAAUAUUUUAUUUACAGAAUGUGGAUCGGUAAAAAUUUGUGACUGGGGUUUGUCGUCUCGAAGUCUUAACACGACUGUUCCUAAUAUUGGAACAGAGAAGUAUAUGGCCCCUGAAUUCAUUUUCUCAGCUCCAAAAGACUCUAUAUCAACUUCAAUCCCGAAAUCUUACAAUUGUAAAGCUGCAGAUUACUGGUCUUUCGGGAUAACCCUAUUGACGGCAAUUUUCAAAAGAAGCCCUUUCAAAGCUAUGAGCUCCAAUAUUCAUAAGGACGAAGACUUGCUCGAUAAUCAUCAAGCAUCCAUUUAUGAUAAAAAAUCUUUGAGAUGGGAUUCAAAUUUCCAAAAGUUUGUGCUAUACAAUACGCCGGAAAUUUUGUACGACAUAUACCCGGAUAUGAGCCAGAACUGUUUCAAUAUUUUUAUGAGUCUCCUAAAAACAGGUGGCUUGGAAGAUGAUUCAAAAAGCUUCCAAGAGAAAAUACAACUGAGAAACUUGGAAAAUUUUAUCAUCGAGCUUGAGAAACGUUGGAAGUUUGGCUUUACAGUCUGGGAUGAGGACGAACAUUUCCAAGACUACGACAAUAUUGGAAUAUCUAAGUCUCUAUCCCAAGAGUCUUUUUUUGAUAUGGAUGAUGUUCUUCAAGGUACAAAUGAUCGAAUGGCAGCAACAAAUACAGGAGGAUCGUGUCGCGGAGCGAGUGACAAUAGCUUCUCCCCAAUUAAUACCUCUAACGAAGAAACGAGAUUUGAAAAUUCUUCUUAUCCUGGCAGUAAAACAUUCACCAUUCCCGUUCCCUCAUUGACUGGCUCUUCAUACCAACCAAAAUCAUGGUAUGAUUUGGACGAUGAAGUGAAUGAGAAAGAAAUGGGCGACCUCAUCAGUACCUUG